AUGCGCUUUCGGGCCAACAUAGAGAAUGUGACCACGUUCUACAGGAUCGCACAAACCAUAGAGAGGCUGCAGAAGCGAUGCAUCAUCAAGUUUACGGAGAAUGAGAUGCAUAUCAUCUGCAAUAGUGAUGCAAGCGAGGGCAGUAUUCAAGUUUGGUCACAGAUCAAGGUGCCCUCUCUUUUCACGGACUACCGCAUACAGUCGAAUGCGAAUAAUGAGAUUAGUCUUAAUCUCUCCACGGAAGCCCUGUCGUCUGCACUACGGUCUGCGUCAUCGCCCGCAAGUACGUCGUUCGCGUCAGAUAGCGAGGUUGUCAUGAAGUUGGCGAAGAAGAACGACCAGGCGGUGUUGAGUUUCGAGAUCAGCGGCAGAACGCGGUUGGACAAGCGGAUACGUGUGGCACACGAUGUGCGAAUAGAGGUUAUGAAACCACAGGAUACCGCCAGACUGAAAGAGCCAAUGUGCCCCGAGCCUGAGGUUCACAUUCUGCUCCCGCCCUUAGCAAAGCUACGCACGGUGGUUGAACGUAUGCGCCCUCUCGCUGCAGACGUCAUUGCAAUGCGUGCGAGCGGGUCUGGUUGCUUGCAGUUAUGUGCCCACACAGACAAUGCACGCGUUGAUGUCUCGUGGAAGAACCUGACGAACCCGAAGAUGACACAAGACGGAAGCAGUCAGGAUCCAAGAUCGUCCUUUGCAGAUGACGAUGCGGAGAGACGAGACCCUACACGCAUGUACGGUGUGGUAGUGUCGCUCAAGAGCUUAUCAAAGUUCUUGGGCAGCCAUAUCGUAUCUACGACGACAAUUGCCUGCAUAUGCCAAGGACAUUGUAUCAUCCUUUAUGUCUAUAUCGGCGAGAUAGCCGACGCAGGCGGUGUCCUAACAUUCUACAUUCCUGCCAUCAUCGACGAUGCGUGA